AUGAAAGUUGGCAUUGCCGUCAAACCCAAAACACCAAUUGAUGUGAUUUAUCCUUUGGCAGAUAAAAUUGACUUAUGUUUGGUUAUGACUGUCGAACCCGGUUUCGGUGGUCAAAAGUUCAUGCACGAUUGUAUGCCAAAGGUAAAAGAACUUAGAAAGAAGUUUCCUAAACUUGACAUCGAGGUUGAUGGAGGACUGGCACUUGACACAAUCGAAGAAGCUGCAAAAGCAGGGGCAAAUGUUAUUGUAGCAGGAAGUUCAAUUUUUAGUUCCGAUAAUCCUAACGAAGUCAUUUCGUAUUUUAGGGAAAAAGUUAAUACUGAACUUGAUGGAUGCUGA